AUUUAAUUUAAUGUCGUAGGCCACAGUUCUCUCUGUAGCAGAAAGAAACGCAACAAUGUCCAUGAUUUGUCAGUCCUUGUUUAAAGAACUUCAACCUGGAAUUAAGCUUUUAGCACAUAUCAAGACUAUACCAAGCUCUCUCAGAUCUAGCACAAGAUGUUUUACACAUUCUACCAGCCCAUUACGAAGUGCUGUUGCUUCAGGACAUCAACUCCCUGCAGACUUACUUUCUCCAGAGGAACAGAUGAUGAAAGAUUCAGUUGCCCAGUUAGCUAUCCAGAAAAUUCAAAAACAUGUUUCGGAAAUGGAUGAAAAUAGCAAAAUGAAACCAGAGAUUAUUCAAGCAUUGUUCGAAAAUGGGUUAAUGGGAAUGGAAAUUCCUGCAGAGUAUGGAGGCACGAAUUCAACUUUCUUCGCUGCAACCAUAGUCAUUGAAGAGCUCGCCAAAGUAGAUCCUUCUGUCAGCGUGCUAUGUGAUGUCCAAAACACUUUAGUCAAUAUGCUUUUUGUUAAACUUGGUACAGAGGAGCAAAAGAAAAAAUACCUUCCCCGACUGGCCAAGGAUACGCUGGGCAGUUUUUGUUUAUCAGAAGCUGAAUCAGGGUCUGAUGCCUUUGCACUCAAGACAACAGCAGUAAAAGAUGGGGACAAUUUUAUCCUAAAUGGGACAAAAGUGUGGAUAACCAACGCAGAACAGGCUGGAGUGUUUCUUGUCAUGGCUAAUGCAGAUCCAAAAAAUGGCUACAAAGGCAUAACUUGCUUCAUUGUUGAUAGAGACACUGAAGGUCUACAUGUGGGGAAGAAAGAGAACAAACUUGGCCUACGCGCAUCUAGCACCUGUUCAGUGAUACUUGAUAAUGUCAAGGUCCCUUCAAGCAAUAUACUUGGUGAAUUUGGCAAAGGCUACAAAUAUGCCAUAACAAUGUUAAAUAGUGGUAGAAUAGGCAUAGCAGCUCAGAUGUUGGGGUUGGCACAAGGAUGUUUUCACCAUGCUGUCAAUUAUACAAUGGAGAGAAAACAGUUUGGAAAACGCAUUUAUGAUUUUCAAGGCAUUCAACACCAAGUUGCUCAGGUUGCAACCCAAAUAGAGAUUGGUAAGGUCAUGAUGUGCAAUGCUGCCAGACGACAUCAAAUGGGUUUGUCAGUUGUUAAAGAAGCAGCCAUGGCUAAAUAUUUUGCCUCAGAAGUAGCCACAUUGACUACAUCUAAAAGUAUAGAAUGGAUGGGAGGAGUUGGCUUUACAAAAGAUUAUCCAGUUGAGAAAUACUAUAGAGACUGUAAAAUUGGCACAAUCUAUGAAGGAACCAGCAAUAUUCAACUGAACACAAUAGCCAAAUGUUUGGAGCAAGAGAAGCUAUCUGGGCUUUGAAUACUAUAUACAAAUAUUCUAAGUCAGCUAUUGCCCCAAAAGGAGUAAUUCAAUUUAAAUCUACUCUCAACAAUUGUUAUGUAACAAACUAUUGAAUAAUAUAGUAUUAGCAUUAGUGAUAAUUAUUCACUAUUAACUGUAUGAAAAAAAAUUGAUCGAUUUAGUGAUACUGCAACAAAAUUCAUGACUAAAUGCUGUGUUAUAAUUAUUGUAACAAUAUUUGAUUGCUUAUUAAUUUAGUUGUAACUGUAUGAAGAUUCAAUUAUUGAUGAAUUAAACUGUUAUGUACAGAAGAAAAUGAUUGAAUAAACUUAAAUAUGCUGAGUCA